UUGCCGGACAGCGGGCGGGGCUGGAGAGGAAGGGGAGGCAGCGAGGAUGCGGAGCUGCGCCUGAGCCCCUCCUGCCCAAGAAGGAGAGCAUCAGCUCGGCUGGACGGAGGGAAGCGGGGAGAUGCGGCCGGGCUCGCUCGGCACCUGCUGAGUUCUCAUCCAGCAAAGUUUCCCGAGCUCGGGGAGGAAGAGAGGGAAGGCGACAUGGGAGAACCUGCUGUCCUCAUUCCGGCCCCGCCGGGACCCGCUGUGGCUUGGGCGCUGCUGUCUGAAGGCUGAAGGGGACCCCCGGGGCACCUCCAGACUCUUUCCCAGAUGACGAGGAGCCACAUCCUUCAGUGUGUCCAUCCCUGUCAGCUCCAGGUGAUGUCUCACUGAGCAGGAACUUCACUGAAAGUUCACUGCUGCACUUCUAUUCAGCUCUAAAUGAAAGCCUGAGCAGAGGCAAUGAGAUAUGGCACUGGAGAUAGCAGCAGAGAGCUCUGCCUCAGCUGGAGGGAUGGGAAAAUGUGACACCCUGGGAAAUGGCUGGCUGAUCCCACUGGCAUGUUGGUGGUGAUUUCAAGGGAGCAGAAGACCACAAAUAGCCUUCUCAGCAUUGUAUGUACCCUGUAAGGACUGAAGUGACCUCCAAGACUCACCUCAACAUGUUCAGUGAAAAGAGCAGUGCCUCUUUGACCCAGAAACCCAGCCAGAGAAAGACACGACCUCAGGGCCUCCCCUCCCCUGCCCUCUGCUGUGCUUGUGGACUUUGCAUCAUGCUGGCAGGGAUCAACAUCACUCUAGUGGGAGCAUUUGCAUUUGGGACCUUCCUCCCCAUGAACAACCCUCCCAUCAUCAUUGGACCCAUCUUGCUGGUGGUGGCCUUCACAUUCUUUGGUGCCUGCUGCAUCUGCAGCCGGAGGCCGCCUGCUCAUGGGGCCAGAAAAUCCAAACCAGGUUCCAACAUGGGUCUCAUCAAACCUGGCAACACUGCCUUUGAAAUUGAAACUAGUGAGCACACGGUGCAGGAUACCACUGCUGUUCAGCUGAGCCCCACAAAUUCCCCCAUCUCCUCAAAAAAGUCCACACCAGUCCACGAGAACGCGAAGACUUGCAAACUCUUCACCAUGGAAGGCAAUGGGCCAGUGGCCAAGUACACAUCAGGAGGAGAGGCAAUACAGCUCAACCUGCCCAGGGACCUGGCCACAUCCUAAACCCAGGCAGAGUUUUGUUAGCAGCCAGACAGAUGCUGCAAUGGGUGGGCUGGAAUCUGAGGUGUACCAUUGGUCAGAAGUGGUGGGAAAGUGCUUGUGACAGGCCAGCAGGCAGACAGGCUUUGCUGAAUCAAUUGAAGGAAGAGGGAUGAAACAGCAUGAAAAUCUUUGCUGAUAGGAACAUGCCCAUUAGUUGGCUUCGCAAGGAAGACUGCUAAUGAUGUCACUGUAAAAGGAUGAACUGGACAGUUCCUGGGGAAAGACUGGCUUCUGGGAGAAGAGAUUGGAAGAGGAGGAUGAAAUAAUUUGUCUAGCAGGAGGCAGCAAUGUGACGGCUACAUGGGGCUGACAAAUGACAGCUCUUUCUCUUCAGAAGUGAAGCAAUUCUUGGAUAUAAUAGAAGCAGGAAUGCAGUAAAUUACAGCUUGCUGCCACUCGGUCACAAGAAGAUUUCAGCAUUUUAGGGCCAGGCUUUGUGGCAGUAGGGACAUAAUGUAUGUGUUUACUAUUGAAAACGCGGUGUGAAGCGGUCUCCCUUCCUUUGGAAAUCCUUGCCCCAUUUUUCCUUCCUUUGAGUGACUUUGCCAUCUGUUAUAAGAGACAAUUAAUCGUGGGGAUCACAGUUAGAGUUGGCAUUUUCCUUGUUUUGAACACGUUGGGUUGCAGUGGUGCUGCUCAAUGCAGGGUGUCUCCUGGAAGGUCAGCAUGGCUGAAUCCUUGGGAACAAAAUCCUGGGGUAAAUGGAGGCUGGGAGGGCCCUGCAAAUGAAAUCUUUGGGCAGUGCUUAUGCCCUGUGUGCUUGGGGAGGCAUCUUCCUUCCUGUCUUUUUAUGGAAGUUGGGCUUGGGAUACAUUCUGCUUGGGACAGGGGACAAAUUGCUGAAUGGGCUUCAGUAGAGCUGUGCAGGAAGAUGUAUCUUCUUUCCUGAGGAGGCUGCCAGAUCUAUUGCAUGCAGUGGGCAACCAGGUAUGGAACUCCUUGCUGCAGGAAACUGGCUGCUGAAGAUGCUCCUCGGCUUGCUGGUCAAUGGGAUGAGUUUGCAAAGAGAAUUCUUGAAGAGCCACUCAACACAAAGGUACCUUCAGCUCAGACAGAUUCUGAGCUGUGCACAGGGUGCUGAUUAUUGCAGCUGUUGUAUUCUUCCCUGAUAAGAAGUGCUGUGCUAGUGGAGCUCAUUUUCUCAUGAAAAUUCACGUAUUUGGUGAGAUGUGGGACCAAUGAGGAAGGAGACCCCUGGGAGGUAGCAGCAGGAGGAUGGAUUUUGAGUGUAUCUUGUCCAAAGUGCUCCCCAGCCUCCAACACAUCAUUGCUUAGAGCUUCUUGAGCUGGAAGUGGUGCCUGUAUUAAGCAGCCCUGAAUGGAUUCCUUCUUCUGUCAAAUUGUAUCAUCCACGAUCCUGCAGCAUGGAGUUGCACAACUUAAUGAGAGGCCGUGUAGAUCCCUGUCCUUGUUUUAUUUUCAGCCUGCACCCUACAUCUCCCUCUUGAAUCCCCAAACUCCUGGAUUAGAAAGGCCAGCAAACAGCUUAUGCCUUCCCACUGCACUCAGAUUUUCUUGGGUCUUCAUCUCAUUUCUUCCAGUCAUCUGUUUCCUAUGGUCGUUCACACCUCUUGUUGUUAGAGGGAGGCAAUGCUCCCAACUUGGCCAGCAACUCAUUCAGCCCAGAAUCAGUGCUUUGCUAGGCUGACCUUGAGGCCAGUAUAUAGGUAUAUGAGGUGCUGGAGGGGCUGAAGGGAAGAUGCUAGAGGAGAAGGGAAGGCUGAGACGUGGCUGAAGUUCUCCUUGGCCACCAGCAGACCUCUGCAAAGCAGAUGGUGAGGGCUGUACAACUGGUGUGUUGGGAUAAGGGAUGGCAAAUAGGUAUCACAGAGGAGCUGUGGUAAAGUCCAUACAUGGGGUCCUGGUUGCUCUGGGGAGCCAUCAUGGAGCUGAUGGCUGAAUUUCAUUCUUCUGUGAGAGGGAAGCGAGAACUCUGGCUUGAAUUCUCCAACGGUUUGCUGCCUUUGUCAGUUUCUUCUACAUCAUGGAAUUGCACUCAUGAUUUUUAGCCUACUGGCUAGGAGGAGCAGAAACAGAAGGAUUCAUGCCUGGGAAGAUGUAGGCUCAAAUCUAUGCUUUAGCCUCCAGGUCCUGGGGAAAUCAUUUAAUUGCUGUGCGCCCAGCUGCCUGCCUGUGCAGGAGGGAAAACAGCUGCUCCCAGCUCUGUAGAGCUGCUGUAAUGAUGAGCAACACUGGGAAGCAGGAGGGUUGGUAUCAGCACACCUGAAUCUGCAGACUGCUUGAAGGUGGAUGGAUCUGUAUGGUCUGAUCUCUGCAUGAUCUCCUUUUAGAGCUUGUUUUUUAGGUGAUCUCUGUUUCCAGCACUGACUUCUGUUUGGAUUGUGGGAACUGCAACACUGAACUAAAGGCUCCAGUGGUUUUCACCUGCUGGUAAUUGCUAUAGGAAAUAAGCAGAAUAACUUGUUGAUCCGGGUUUGGCUCUCAGGUUGCUGGCUCACCAGCAUUUUGGAAUAGCACACAAAGCUUUGAAGGUCCUUCAGAGGCAUUGCCCACAUGAACGUAGGUACUGCAGUGCUUUUCUUUGGGCACUUGAAGGCAAAAAGUGGUAAAAUCAAGUGGUAACCAUGCAAAUUCCUCUUCUACUCAUUGAAGGCUUGAAAACUGAGUCUGGAGUAUGUGUACUGGAAUUGCUCCUUAUUGUGGUUGCACCAUAGAAUGCUACCAGUGAUGGGUAAAACAAUGGCAGAUCCCACACAGGAACACCUGCUGCUUUCCGAAGCAUGGAAGCUCUGCUUUUUCCUUUUGAUAUCUUUUUGGGAUUUCCAUAUCUGUCUGUAACUGUGAUUGCCUGUACUAACGUCUUUGUGAAUUUGUGCCUUCUUCUUGUGUAGCAAGAGACAGGGCAGCUUUCUUGUGCUCUAAGUCACAGUUUCUAUUGUGAGAGUCUUUUUUUAAAAAGGAGAAUACUAUUUAUAUAUGUGCAAUGUGGAUUUUGGAAAAGAUAGACUCAUUAAAAUAAUUGCGCUCAUUAAGCGUCUGGCUUGCCUGCUCUUCCAGUCUGUUGGUAGCUUAUGGGUGUGCCCUAAGGUAGCCUCUUUGUUUUUAUUGUGCACCAUGCUGUUCUGCUUGAUUCUCCAGCCUGGGCAACUAACUUCAAGAGAAGGGCAUCCUUAGGAGUUCAUGUUACACUUGUUCUGAAUUCAGCUUCUCUGGCAAUGAGAGCUGUUUUCCAACCUUAAUGAUUCUAAAAUCACCCAGUCCAACCCCAACCCAUCCCCACCAUGCCCACUGACCACAUCCCUCAGUGUCACAUCCCCAUGGUGCUUGAACAGCUCCAGAGAUCCUUUCCAGGCUUGACUAUAAAUGUUUAAACUGUGGUAUGGGGAAGAGUUAGAAACUGUGUGUGUGUAGGAUGGGUGCUGUCAGCUUUCUGUGCUCCUUCUGGGCUUAACCCAACACGGCUUCCUGGAGAUGAGGCAAUGAGGGACAGCAUGUGGGAAUAAAGAGGAUUUGAGAGUUUUUCAAAUUCACCCUGUGAAAGGACUUCUCUCCCAUGUGCAGCCAAGUGAUUUGAUACAAGAAGAAAUCUCUGUGCUCCAGGCAGGCUGGCUGGUUAAAGACCUGGGAAAUGAGCUGGCUAAAAAGGCUCCACUGACAAUGCGUGUAAAAUGCAAACCUGCUCCCUUCAGAAGGGAUUUCUUUUGACCUUUAGAAAGAACUUCCUAGAAGGGCUUUUCUUAAAGUAGCACCAGAGAGAAAAGCACAGAGGAGGGUUUGCUGAUCAUCUGCUGGUUCUCUCCAAGACCUGCAGCAUUCUUGCCACCUCCCCAUUGCUAUCCCCAACCCUGAGCUUCUCUCUCUAUCUGGAAGUAUAACCUAGAACCAUUACAUGGACUACAACUAAGCUUUUCUAGUUCCAAGCCUGAAUUUAUUUGUAUUUGUGUUUUUUUUUUAUCCUUGUGCCAGCAAUGUCUUUUGUCCAGGAUACCUCCAGGAAAUGUUUGCCUUUGAAACAUUUCAGAUCUGUUGCAGAUUUUCUGCAGCCUGUGAUGGGGCUGAACUGGCUGACCCCCUCCAUCCUUCUCUCCUGUGGGAUGUCUGCUGUUCCCUGAAACCUUCACCUUCCUCUGUCCCCCAUUGCUCCAUAAGUGCUCAUGAACUGCUGUUCUUUUGCAGAACUCACAGUGAAAUUACAAACCUUCCGGG